CGUGGUUUUUGGACGGGGGGCGGGGGCAUCCGGGAAUCUUUUUAGGGGGAAGAAGGGCAUGCGGGUGGCGGGACCAGGAAGGUGUUACCGGCCCCGAACAGGUUUUAUAUGUGAUAUGGGCAAUAAUUUAAUUAAGAAUUAAUGAAGCUUUGAAUCUGCUUUGUCCAUUAAUUAAGAUGAUUAAAUCCAAAAUUCUGAAAAGUCACUCAUCUAUUCCUCAUACUGAUGAGGUAACAAUUGCAUGUGAAGAUGGAUCUUUCCAAAAAGCAGAGCAGAAGACAAGAAUUCUAGGUCUUGAAGAAGCAAAACAAUUAGCCAAAAAUCAGGUCUUAGUAUCUGACUUUAAACAACAGAAACUUGAGAAAGAAGCACAAAAGAACUGGGAUCUAUUCUACAAAAGGAACAGCACCAAUUUUUUCAAGGACAGACACUGGACAACUAGAGAGUUUGAAGAAUUAAAAGCCUGCCGUAAAUUUGAAGAUCAAAAAUUGACAAUUCUGGAAGCAGGUUGUGGUGUUGGGAACUGUUUAUUUCCACUUCUAGAAGAAGAUUUGAAUAUGUUUGCUUAUGCUUGUGACUUCUCUCCCCGAGCAGUGGAAUAUGUAAAACAAAAUCCUCUAUAUGAUGCCAAAAGAUGCAAAGUAUUCCAGUGUGACCUGACCAAAGAUGAUCUUGUGGAAAAUGUACCAUUAGAGUCAGUGGAUGUGAUUAUGUUAAUAUUUGUACUUUCUGCCAUUCAUCCUGAAAAGAUGCAUUUAGUUUUGAAAAAUAUUUAUAAGGUAUUAAAACCAGGUAAAUAUGUCCUAUUCAGAGAUUAUGGCCUUCAUGAUCAUGCAAUGCUGAGGUUUAAAUCUGCUUGCAAAUUGGAAGAAAACUUCUACGUACGACAAGAUGGAACCAGAUCAUACUUUUUUUCUGAUGAAUUUUUGGCAGAACUUUUCCUGUCUGUGGGAUAUGAAGAAAUAGUCAAUGAAUAUGUGUUUCGAGAAACUCUGAACAAAAAAGAAAAUAUAUGUGUGCCAAGAGUUUUUCUCCAAAGCAAAUUUCGAAAGCCUCAGAAAUAAGUUUUUGCUGAAAAAUUGUUGGGCUAUUUUCUUAUAUUAGUCAAUUUAAACCAAGUUUUAUAUCAGGCCUGUGGGACAAAAUAAGCCUAGCACUUGCCUAGUCCUCUUCUAUUGAUACAAUCCUGAAGACAGUGGAAGCCUCUGCUUCUUGAGAACUUGAGAGACCGCCUACUGCCAAUUACCUCCUCUCGACCAAUCAGAUCCCAUAGAUUAGGCCUCCUCCGAGUU